CGUUUUUUGGCAGCUUAUAAAAUGGACUCUUGAGCGUUUGAAAGAAAAACCUUUUCUGUCGUUUUCAUUGUUCGAAAUGGUAAUUUGCUCUAAUAUCAGGUAUUUAUGAAUUCAUUUAAAUAUCUGAUAGAUCUGAUCGUUCUUUUUUUCUUUUCGGUUGCAACAGUGUAAUUUGAAUGAAUGAUGUUCGCAUCGUCAAAGAUAACACAAUUUCUUGAAUUAAAUGUGACGUAUAUUAUAUUACUGUAUAGCUUUAUUAAAGACUUAAUUCUCUUCCUUGAUCGUUCUGCACCAGCCUCGAAAAGGAAGACUAUUUCUGAGUCUGAUGUCCCAUCACUACCCAUUAUUCAUUCUAUCAACACGCUUACUUCUGACGAUUACAGCAGAAGUAAUACGAAUGCUCUGCUUGCAUCACCUUCAUCCCUCUCCAUACAAACAACUGAUUUACCUUCUAAUAAUACUCGAACUCAUCAGAUUCAUACAUCACCUAUAGAAGGAGAGAAUGCUACUCAUAUUUCUCCGUCGCUAUCACCUGUCACAUCUAGCACAUCAUGCUCUUCAUCUUCUUCCAUUAUCAAUCUCGUUCACUCAUCAGCAAUCACUGGCACUACUACUUCUGAAGUGCUUUCUUUAACAAAACGGCCCACCACCCGUGUUGAAAAAAUCGUGCAUAUGAUAGAGUCCGGUGAGCUCAAGGGCAAAAGGCCUGUUUAUCAAGGACGAAGAUGUAGCGCGGAUUCCCAGCUUUAUCAAAUUCAUCGCGAUCAUCCUCAACAGCAUAAAAAAUAUAUCAAAGUUCGCGAAUACAAAUAUGACCCUGUUAGAGGAGAAUGGAAAAAUCGUAUUUAUCACUUUAAUACCGUUAGAAACUCUGCUACCACCACCAUGCCUGAGUUCAGCUGUCCAAUGAGUAUGUCUCAUUCAAAAUCAUUCCCAAUGUUGUAAGUAAAGCAUGAUUUACUUUCAAAGCUUGGGUUUCAUCAGAAAGACUCGUUUUUGAAUCUUAAGAUUUAUUUAUUGCCAAUAGAUCGAAUACAGUCUGUUUGACCAGUAAUAAUACUAAACGAGAGAGAAAAAGGCUAUCCAUCUUUGCUAAAUAAUAUAAUAUAGUAUUUAAUUAAAUGGACAAUAUAACCCUCCAACUUCUGUUGAAUUGAUGUUGAUUACUGUCGCCCAGCUGAUUCCAUAAAUGUGCAUGAUAACCUAUAACCGUUAAAAAAGAGGAAAAUAGAUACAUACUCAGCUUAACGUUGUAGAAUAAAAAUGAAAAGCUUAGUGAAGUUUUUACUUCUAAU